AGAGUCAAGGAUUUGAACCUGAAAGUCAUUGAAGGGAAGCUUCGGGUUUGAGUACCUUGUCCCAUUCAAGCACUUGAUUUCUAUUUUGUAGUACAUAAUGUGAACUGUGAUUCUAUGAAUCUUGUAACUACUUAAACAACUUCCUACGACUUAGACUUAGAGUUUCUGCCGGAAUCUGUUUCCCUUUCCACACCACCAAAUCAUAGUUUUGGUUCUUUGAGUAAAGCCUUCCAUGGAUUCAGAAGUUGCACCCCAGGUUGAAGAAAUAGAUCAAGAAGGCGUUGGUGGAGGGGCCAAGAAGAUGGAGGUGAAACAUGAAAGCAAGAAAAGGAAGAACCGCAAGAAAAGGAGUUCUUUUUUCCCCAAGUUUGGUUGUUUCAGAAUCGAACAUGAUCCCUCGGGAGGAGGUUUUGAUAUUGAGGUUGUUGAUGCGUCUGGUCAUCGUCCCGACCCCAUCCACUUGGUCAUAAUGGUUAAUGGUCUCAUAGGAAGCGCUGAGAAUUGGAAAUUUGCUGCUAAGCAGUUUCUGAAAAGGUAUCCAGAGGAUGCUGUUGUACAUUGCAGUGAACGCAAUUCUUCAAUGUUGACAUUUGACGGUGUUGAUGUAAUGGGAGAUAGACUAGCAGACGAGGUUAUAUCAGUCAUAAAACGUCACCCAAGUGUCAAGAAAAUUUCAUUUGUAGGUCACUCUUUAGGUGGCUUGGUGGCAAGAUAUGCAAUAGCCAAGCUUUAUGGGAGAGACAUUUCUAUGGAACAUUCUCAGACAAAUGGACAUUGUGAGAGACAGAUUUCAGAUCAAGAAUGUCAUGAUAGAAAAUAUGAAGGAAAAAUUGCAGGACUAGAGCCCAUAAAUUUCAUUACCUCUGCAACACCACACCUUGGUUCUAGAGGGCAUAAACAGGUUCCUGUGUUUUGUGGAUUUUACUCUCUAGAGAAAGCAAUAUCUCGUGUUGCUGGGGUUUUUGGUAAAACAGGAAAACAUCUAUUUUUAACCGAUGGUGUCGAUGGGAAACCCCCUCUUCUUCUCCAGAUGGUGCGUGACACCGAAGAUAUUAAAUUCAUGUCUGCUUUGCGCUCCUUCAAACGACGUGUUGCCUACGCAAAUGUUCGUUAUGACCAGCUUGUUGGAUGGAGUACGUCAUCUAUCAGGCGUAGAAAGGAGCUUCCAAAGCGGCGGCAUCUUGCAAGACAUGAAAAGUACCGGCAUAUUGUAAAUAUAGAGACAGCUAAAUCUAAUUCUGUUGCUGAGGAUGUUCCUGUUGAAUCUAAAGUGAGUAGUGGAUCCAGUAAACUUGACUUCGAAGAGGAAAUGAUCAGAAGCUUAACAACAAUGAGCUGGGACAGAAUUGAUGUCAGCUUCAGUGGUAGUAGGCAGAAACUUCUCGCACAUAGUACCAUUCAGGUGAAAACUUAUUGUAUCAAUUCCGAUGGAGCAGACGUGGUUCAACAUAUGAUUGACAAUUUUGAGAUGUAAAUUUUUCCCACAUUGCCAGCUUCUAAUAGAUGGGGCAAUGCCAAAUUUUUUUUUGAGGAUGAGGGUGUUUGUCACUUUUUGUGACUGAAGUUACAAAAGGAAGGGCAAGAUAAAUUGACGAAUUAAAAGGAUAGAGUGGGGGGUACAAUUGUAUUUGCACUAAGAUGUUCUUGUGCCUAUUCUAUAUUUUUCCAGCACUGUAUAUCAAGUCAUAUGGAAUGAGAGCACUUAAAAAAAAAAAAAA